AACCACCGUUCAUCGAACCGACUCAACAUCAACUUUGAUUCAUCCAUAUAAAUCUAUCGCGCAAAAUAGUUACAUACCUAACCGAAUCGCAAAGAUGGAUUUCUCCGACUCAUUCCGAAUCGUCAACCUCGCCGUGGGCGUGAUCAUGGUCCUAGGCGGAAUAUCGCAAUUCUUCAACGCAAGCUUCCAAUCCAUCAUCAUCGGCGCGUACGUCCUAAUCUUCGGUCUCGGCGUCGCGCUUCUCGAGUUCCAGAUCCCGCCCCAGGUAUCGCGGUACGCCUCGUUCAUGUUCUCCUUCAUCGGCCGGGGCAUCUUCUACGUCUUCGUCGGCUCCAUCCUGCUGAACAACGGCGUCCUGCGCAUCAUCGCGGGCUCCAUCGUUGGCGCCGUCGGUCUCGCUUACACCGCCCUCGAGUUCGUCCCGUCCGUUCAGCCUCCUGCCAAUAUGCGCGAGGCGGACGACCAGGGUUGGGGCGCUGAGCAGGUUUAGGUUUGACAUAUGAAUCUAUACGUCUUUUUCUCGCGAGCUCGCCUGCCCUGCUAGUGAGCUUUACCUACCCGAAUAUUUGUCUUUGGAAAAGUUCCCGGAUACGUGUCGCGGGUAUGCUGGGACGGCAGGGAGCGAGAGAGAAAGAGAAA